AUGCUGGCGCGGGGCCGGCGGCUGCUGCGCGGCUGCUGCAGCCCGCUGUUCCGCGGCCGGGCCCUGCUGGCCACCAACACGCUGGGCUGCGGGGCGCUGCUGGCGGCGGGCGACGCGCUGCAGCAGGCGCGCGAGCGGCACCGCGAGCCCGCGCGGCGCUGGCAGCCCGCGCGCACCGGGCGCAUGUUUGCCAUCGGCUGCAGCAUGGGGCCCCUGAUGCACUACUGGUACCUCUGGCUGGACGGCGCCUUCCCAGCCGGUGGCAUCAAGGGCAUCAGAACGGUCCUCAAGAAAGUCCUCAUCGACCAGCUCGUGGCAUCGCCGGCCUUGGGAGUCUGGUAUUUCAUGGGAAUGGGCGCCCUGGAGGGCCAGACGCCCGCGGAGAGCUGGGAGGAGCUCAGGGAGAAAUUCUGGGAGUUUUACAAGGCCGACUGGUGCGUGUGGCCGGCCGCCCAGCUCCUCAACUUCCUCUUCCUCGCUCCCAAGUACCGCGUGGCCUACGUGAACGUGGUCACGCUGGGCUGGGACACCUACCUGUCCUAUCUCAAGCACCGGCACCCGGCCCUGGGCGCCGAGCGGGACUCGCAGCGACGCGUCGGGAUGUGACUGUUCUCCGGGAUGGCUCCGGGAUGGCUCCUGUCCCCUGAUCCGGGUUUCCAUGGGAGCUGCGGGUGCCCUAAGCGUGGCCACGAGCGAGGGCUCCAUGCAGGGAAGACAAGCGAUUCCUGAUUCCUGGAGAGAGUCUCAGCCAUGAGGUGCCUGUCGCUGCGGCCUGAGGAGGAGAUGGUGCUAAUUAAGUCUUCUCCUGAUUGCAAUGAGCGGGGUCGGUUGUAAUCUAGAGAUUCUUGUGUCAAGGGCUGUUUGAUGGAGCGGGUUUGCCUCGCGCGGAGCCCGGCGCUCUUGGGGCUGGCAGUGGCUGCUGCUCUUUGCGCUGAGGCUCCCUGCUCCGUUUUCCCUGUCCCAGGGGAAGGGCUGCCCCGUGGUCCCCUCUGGAGCUCCCCACACUCAGAGAGGAGCCCCCAGUUGUCCUUUUUCUCACAGAUUUUCCCCAGAAAUCCAGGCUUUGGGGGUUGCAAACUCCCUUCCCAGCUCCGUCCUGCACAGGCCGGGAGGCAGCGGGUCCCGGGCGAGCGCGAUGCUCCCGCUCAAACCAGAGAGCUUAUUUAUUGACCACGUCCACGAAAACAGUCUCAAUGAGCCUAAAUUGACUUUUCCAGUGAUUAAAGAUAUCGAGUAAUUUUAAAGAUGAGCUCUUCUUGCAGCCUUGCCGCCAAAGCGCGCCGCGGCCGGGGUGGGAAGAGCAGCUCCGGCGCUCCCGGAGCCCUUUGGCAAAUGCUAAUGAUGGAACCAGAUCCCGGGGCUUGUUCCGCUCCCGCGCUCCAAAGUGCAGAUCCAUGGAGGAAAGAGGUUGGAGGCGGGGCGGGAAGCCCAGAACCCCCAGCCCGGAAUGCCCAAAUGACCGGGAGUAGCUGGUGAUCAGCAUUGAUUUAUUUCUUCA